AUCCAGUCCGUAUCCCGACAACAAACAUACAAGAGGCAUUAUGAAAAAAACGAUCUGCUUAGUUUUCCUGCUGGUAGCGGCGGCAGCUGCCAGCGAGAAGAAGACGACAGACAAAAAGGCCGAGCCGUUGGAAAAGAAAUUGGACAAACGCGGUCUCCUGAACCUCGGCUAUGGAUACGGCAUCAGCGGACUUGACGUUGGGUACAUCGGCAAUGCUCACGGCUUGGGCGGUGCUUACAACCUGAUCGAAGAGGGUGGCUUCGAGAACGCCGGCUACGGAAUCCCGCUGGGUCACCACACUGAUGUCACUAGAACAGUCACUCUCGUCAAGGGAGUGCCAGUCGCGUACCCAGUGGAAAAGCCUGUACCGUACCCCGUCGAGAAGCACAUCCCUUACCCCGUCAAGGUCCCCGUGCCGCAGCCCUACGAGGUCGUCAAACACGUGCCGGUUCACGUGAAGGAGUACGUCAAAGUGCCAGUUCAUGUCCCCGCCCCCUAUCCCGUCGAGAAGAAGGUUCCCUACCCUGUCCAUGUGCCCGUAGACAGGCCCUACCCCGUCAAGGUGCUCGUACCCCAACCCUACCCCGUUGAGAAACACGUGCCUUACCCCGUGAAGGUGCCAGUUCCCCAACCUUACCCCGUGGAGAAACAUGUGCCAUACCCCGUAGAAGUUAAAGUGCCCGUUCCCCAACCUUACCCCGUCAUCAAGCACGUAGGAGUCCCCGUCAAAGUGCCAGUCGACAGGCCCUACCCUGUACAUGUACCUGCUCCUUACCCAGUGGAGAAACCAGUGCCAGUAGCUGUCCCUGUUGAAAAGCCAGUGGCUUACCCCGUCCAUGUACCAGUCGACAGGCCUUACCCUGUCCCAGUCGAGAAGCCAGUGCCGGUGCCCGUCAAGGUGCCCGUGCCUGAGCCUUACCCCGUUUACAAACACAUCCCAGUGACUGUAGAGAAACCCGUCGCCUACCCUGUGAAGGUCCCCGUCGAUAGGCCUUACCCCGUGCACAUCGAGAAACACAUCCCUGUCCCUGUAGAGAAGCCUUACCCCGUCCCCGUUAAGGUACCAGUUUACGUCAACGAACACGAAUACAGCCAACUCAGUUUCGGAGGCUCAGCCUACCACCAUUAGAUUAGUUAGCUUAGUCACUAGUAUCCAUCCGCCAAGCUAUCACCAGCGUUAUUUAUAAAUCUCGCCAACUCAACGGCCGGGACGCCAGCAAGAAACGGAUAUUUUCAUAAUUUUGUACUAUAUUUUUUAUUUAUGUAAAAAAUGGUCAUGGAUGUUUGGGCGUACGUGUACGUAGUGAUAAUAAAAAGUUACCAUUCCCCUAGAUUUAAGUCGAUUGUAAAGUAUGAAAGUGAUGAU